GUUCAUCAUUCUGUGGCAAAGUCUUGCCAUAGAUAAAAAAAGUUCAUAUUCUUCUUCUUUUACUUCUGUUGGUCAAUAUUGCUAGGAUCAUUCGGCCAAAUAAUAAUUUUUUUUUUUUUAAAUUUUGCGAAAGAGGAACUGUCUAUUUCGUCAUCUUAACCUAUUUACCAGAACCUGCCGAAUGAUCGAUGCAAAUUAAUUUCACUGAAUAAAACCAAACUUUAAACUAAAAUGGAACAGUUGUUUCUAUUUCCGUUUGCUGUUUUAGAGGUGCCGUCAAUAAAAUUAAAAAAACCCACAUGGUUGAAACCACCCUCUGCCAUGCUUAUGUUUUCAGUUGUUCUCCUGUCAUAUUUUUUGGUAACUGGUGGUAUUAUAUAUGACGUAAUAGUGGAACCACCCAGUGUUGGAUCCACAACUGAUGAACAUGGACAUUCUAGACCAGUAGCAUUCAUGCCAUAUCGGGUUAAUGGUCAAUACAUUAUGGAAGGUCUGGCAUCUAGCUUUUUGUUCUCAAUGGGGGGACUUGGAUUUAUCAUUUUGGAUAAUGUCCAUAGCCCAACAACGCCAAAACUAAAUAGAGUUAUGAUGACAGCUGUUGGAAUUAUUUGUAUUUUAAUAUCAUUUUUCACAACUUGGAUUUUCAUGAGAAUGAAGUUGCCCGGAUAUCUUCAAACAUAAUUGUAAAAUUUGCUCUCUGUGUGUAGCAUUAUAUGGUAUUUUUAAA